GAGGCUUGUCAAUUGCCAGAGUUAGGAAACGUGGCCUUAGCAAAGGAGAGUCCAACAUUCAUAGAAACAAGCUGUUUUGUUAGGCGGUAAAUAGCGUACAAGACUCUGGGUUGGUGGACAACUUGCAAACAUGGCCGAUGUUAAUCAAGGAUCGGUCUUACCUAGAGAAACUUCACCUCCAGCUCUGGACGGACUGAAUGCAACCGACUCCAAUGGUACCGACGCUGUCAACGCGACAGUGGCCAAGUUUGUGGCGACACCGGAGGGAACAGCACUGGCAUAUGGCAGCCUUGUGUUCAUGGCUCUGUUGCCCAUCUUCUUCGGUGCGCUGCGGUCCGUCAGCUGCGGCAAAAGCAAGAACUCCUCAGACAUGCCAGAGACCAUCACAGGCAGAGAUGCUGCACGGUUCCCCAUCAUUGCCAGCUGCACCCUUUUCGGCCUCUAUCUCUUCUUCAAAAUUUUCUCUCAAGAGUACAUUAACCUGCUGCUAUCAAUGUAUUUCUUUGUCCUGGGGAUUUUGGCACUGUCUCACACAAUGAGUCCUUUCAUGAACAGGAUCUUCCCUGCCAACAUCCCCAUCAAGCAGUACCAGCUGCUCUUCACUCAGGGCUCGGGAGAGACCAAAGAAGAGAUGGUCAACUAUGAGUUUGACACCAAGGACAUGAUCUGCCUGGUCAUCAGCACUGUGGUUGGGGUCUGGUACAUCCUCAAGAAGCACUGGAUUGCCAACAACCUCUUUGGCCUGGCGUUCGCACUGAAUGGGGUGGAGCUUCUGCACCUGAACAACAUCAGUACUGGCUGUAUCCUGCUGGGGGGGCUGUUUGUGUAUGAUGUCUUCUGGGUAUUUGGCACCAAUGUCAUGGUUACUGUGGCCAAGUCAUUCGAGGCACCCAUUAAGUUGGUGUUUCCCCAGGACCUGCUAGAGAAGGGUCUGGGUGCCAGUCAAUUUGCAAUGCUGGGGCUGGGAGAUAUUGUCAUUCCAGGUAUCUUCAUUGCUUUACUUCUCCGCUUUGAUGUCAGUCUAAAGAAGAACACCAGGACCUACUUCCACACCAGCUUCCUGGCCUACAUCUUUGGCCUGGGCCUGACCAUCUGGGUCAUGCACACCUUUAAACACGCCCAGCCUGCCUUGCUGUACCUGGUCCCAGCCUGUAUUGGAUUCCCAUUGGUUGUAGCUCUGUUGAAAGGAGAACUGACUGAGAUGUUCAGGUAUGAGGAAGUGUCUGCGGAAGAUGUUGCUGCUAAAGAAGGGACUACGCAGGUUGAGAAAAAAGACCAAUGACGACCAAGUUCCUACAAGGUCGUCCGUCACUCUCUGGCACCAGGUUCACAACAGCCCUCCUCUCUGUACACAUCCUAGGAGGGUGUUCAUGUUUCCCUGGAGUUGUGUGCUGUACAGGGAAGUGGAUGAUUUAAAAAAAAUGAAAUAACUGUUAUAACAUUGGGAAAUGUUGUAGUUUAAGUGGUUUGUAAAGCAGCUUUUUUAUGUUUUCGUUCUUAUUUUGUAUUUCUUUCCCUUUUGCAUUCUCAUAUUUCUGUUUUUUAUUUCAUUUGAUUCGCCAGUAUUUUAAACUCAUGUUUUACUUUUUUCUUUCUGGGUGAAUCUGAGAUCACCGGAAGCUGAAUUUUUUUUUUUAGAAAUUGCUCUCGGGAUACUCAGAUAACAGUGGUCAAGUUUGGUGGUUUAGUUUGGUUUCUGUCCCGUCUCGGAAUGCCAAAGGAAUCCCUUCCUCAUCGAGAAUGAAACGUCAUUGGACGAGAAUGAAACGUCAUUGGACGAGAAUGAAACGUCAUUGGACGAGAAUGAAACGUCAUUGGACGAGAAUGAAACGUCAUUGGAAGUGAAUGAAACGUCAUUGGACGAUGUGAAGGAGGCUGGAGAUGAGUCUACGAAUGUCACACACAUGCUUUAGAAGGAGCUUCACCUGUACUACUGUCCUCUGGCCUGGAAGAAGGCCUAAAUACCUACCAUUCUCAAGGUAUAAUUGCACCAAUUUGGUCGUGCAUGUAAUUACAUGCGGCCUGACUUGUUGGCCAGUGUAAAGGUAAUAAUCACUUCGAAUUCAGAUCAGCGUAUUUAAGGAAGUAACUAAACUUGUAUAAUCAUGAUAUCACAUUUUGAUAUUUGCUAUGACACAGUGAGAUUUCUGAGAGUCAUACUCUGUCAUAUCCAAUCAGAAGAGUCUGUUAUAUGGAAAUAAUGUAUUAGGAUAGGAGUUGGUUACGUCCCGUGCAGUGACUGAGCUGUACCUGCAGAUGGAGACCGUGUUGACAGAACCAUAUCUCCUCGGAGAGAGGAGACCCCAGGGGAUCAAAUGAUUCCUCUUGCUUUAGGUUGGGAUUGUUUUGAUUAUGUAGAAGUUCUGUCCUUUUGCAGAAUGGAGCCGUGUGUUUCGGGGGGGGGUUGUGUUAGGGAUUUAAGAUUGAGGAGUUCUGUAGUAAUGUGUUUAGGUGAAGUUCAUUAACCCUGCUAUCAUUUCAAAUAAAUCUACAAUUUCUUUUCUCCUAUUCUACUUGUGUAAUUGAAAGUUUAUUAUGAGCCUUUGUUUAUUUUCAAUAAAUGUUGGUUUAUAUCACCGUAGAGAAGCAUAA